AUGAUUAACCAUAUUGAGGAAAAUGGAAGUAUUACAUUAGAUGAAUUCACCCAAACAAUCAUUUCUCAAAAAAUUUUCAACAUAGAUGAGAAUGGAGUGUUAACAAAAUUGGCAAAGGCCAUAAAGGACAAAUUUUCAAACCUUUAUGACAAUACACAUGUAAAUAUUUUUGAUCGCUCUGCGCUUUCUGAUAGUACAUAUAAAUCGCACCUUAAUUUACUGUUUUCUGUUGAUACUAGCGUAAAUGAAAAGAUUUCUGCAUUUAAAUCUGUUCCCAGAUCACGUCAACCCGCCACUAUCCUGAAUUGGUUCAAAAGGGACACUUCUAAGUGUGAAACAAAUGAAAAGAAGGUAGAUACACAAGAAUGUGUAGAUCAUCAAGUGGAUGAAGAACCUUCCAAAAGGAUAGUACCAGUGGAUAUAGAUGAAUUUGGAACUCUAGUUAUAACGGGGGAUAUGUUAUCCUUUUCGUCCGAUUCUGAUCCAGAUACCGAUUUUGAGAUUGUCGACCUGAACACCAUAACUGGAACAACAAUCCCUAUAAGAGAUUUCGAUUGUUUAGGGGAAGACGAUGAUACGUUUUUAGAAACAGCUUCUGUUAAUAAUUGUUCGACAGGAGAUAAUUUAAGCUCAGAUGGGAGCAAAUGCUCCGAUUUUGAAAGUGUUAUCGCAGACAUUGCCCAAGAUGCUAAUUCUGAUGAUACUCAACCGAUUUCAGCUACAUCAGAAGGCAGCGUUGAUGAAUCCCCGAAAAUUUCCGACUCUAAAUAUUAUUUGGGGAACAAUGUGUUUGUGUUUUACGGUAACAGGAACAACUUUAUUGGGUCAUACUGGGUUCUAACAAAGGUUUUCGACUGUGACUUUAAGACCCUGUUUUCCACACAGAAUAACUUAGAAAAUGAAGCUAUUGUAAUAUAUAACAGGAAGGUUCACCAUUUUGACUGCAAAGCUCUUCAGGAACUGCUGACUAAUGAAGUGCUGAGUUUGGUAAAAUUAAAGGAGCUAAUGCUCACCAGACACAAUAAAGUAACAAUUUUGGAGAAUUUUGACUACUUGUCAGGCUGUUAUCAAAUUUUUAUGAAUAAAUGGUUUGAUACCAUGCAUGAGAAGGUGUUCAUUCUCCUGUGUAACAGGCUAAACAGCCUUGAUACAAGAAUAAAGUCCUGUUCCCUGAUGUUUAGAAUUGGUGGACUGGAUAAACAUAGAUUUAUAGACUACAUCCACAAAACGAGCAUGAAAAAUGCCAAUAAUAAUAUUAAAGGGUGCUUAUCUAGACUUAAUGUAACUGAAAUUGUAAAUAGGGUUGAUUUUGACGUUAUGUUGACUUACAAUACAGUAGUUGAAGCUCAAAAAAAUUAUAUGAACGCCAUCAGAAAACACAAGAUUCCAUAUGGCCAUAAAUUACUCAGAACGCUCGUUCAUAUAAUACUCCAGGCUAAAACAUCUGAACAAAUCGAAGUUACCAUAAAUAACCUAAUUUCAGACAUACUUUUAGACUAUGGCCCUUAUAAACUGGAUGUUAUGUUAUACGACUUCUACCUUAGGCUGAUGGAGAUGGGUAAUCAGGAACUACUGCCCCUUAAAUUUGAUAUAAACCACUUACUAUCCAAGGUAUUUACCAAUUCAGAUUUAUCGCACGAGUUUGAUUUAAGCCUGACUGAUCGAGAAAUAAAAAUGAAAGAUAUGAAGAAUUUAGUUGAUAAAAUUAUUUCAAUGAUUCAAAAUUUGAGAUUUAAGAACACUAACCCUUAAUUUUUGU